AUGGACAGAAAAACAGCGAACUUCGUCCAUUCACAGGCUGUUAUUCGAGACUACAUAUCACAACCGCGAAUCACUUAUAAGACUGUUUCUGGUGUAAAUGGUCCUCUAGUCAUAUUAGAUAAUGUGAAGUUUCCUAAAUUCGAUGAGAUUGUUAGGCUAACUCUUGCUGAUGGUAGUCAACGAACUGGACAAGUUUUAGAAGUUAGUGGUAAAAGAGCUAUCGUUCAAGUAUUCGAAGGAACCAGUGGUAUCGAUGCAAAGAAUACUACUUGUGAAUUCACCGGAGAUAUUCUUCGAACUCCCGUGUCUGAAGAUAUGCUGGGUCGAGUAUUCAAUGGUUCUGGAAAACCAAAGGAUAAAGGUCCAGCAAUUCUUGCAGAAGACUACUUAGAUAUUCAAGGUCAACCAAUUAACCCAUGGUCGCGUAUUUAUCCGAGGAAAUGA